AUAUUUUUCUCUCUCUUUCCUCUUAUAUUUUAUUGUUGUUAUUAUUAUUAUUAUUGUUAUUAUUGAGAGUUUUUUUUGGAUCUGGAGUUAUCUAUUAGUGAUGACCAUUUUCUUUAAGGAUUUAGUGUGAGAAAAAUAAGGGUGAAUUGUGUGGGAAAGUUUUAUGUUGGUUAGAAAGUGAGACUUUAAUAUUUAUAAAUUGGUUAAAAAGUAUUUAUCUUAGAAAGAUAAUUGUUUUUCUGGUAAAGGUGUCUUUCUCUUUCUCGUGUUGACCCCAAAUUGACCUAAUAGGGAUAUCAUAAACCUUUGGUUUGAGUGAAGGAGCAAUUCAUUUGCAUCGAAAUUCUCUACUGCGCAGGAGGUGUGGCCCGUUGAAAUGUGUCAACAGUGGUGUAAUGAGCUUCCGCUUGAAGGAUAGACUCACAUUUGAGGAGAAGUGUUACAUAAAAUGUGGAGACCCGAAGAUUUAUAAGUGGGAGAAUCCAUGCACCUAUCAGUUUGGAUGUUUUGCUCUUUAAGUGAGAUAAUCCGCACACACACCUAUUGUUUUUGGGUGUUUUGCUCUAUAAGUGGAGAACCCACACACCUAUGGUUUUGGGUGUUUUGCUCCGUAAAAGAAAAAGUCCCAAUCUUAUUGGAAGCAAUUGAUCUGAUACUUGAGGGAGCACAAAAUCUUGUGGUGCCAAUUGUGCAAACAAGAAGAGGUGGCAUUUCAAGGAGAAAACAGCAUCAGAAGUCAUCAACAAUCAGCGGCCACAACGGCGUUGAGUUCUGUUGGUUAACACAGGAGGAUGUAAUCAGGUUCUUGCUUGGUUCCAUUGGUCUCUUUGCUCCACUCUCCGCACAAUCCAUUGCUGAUCUUGAUAUUAUCAGCUCCGAUGUGCUCGCCAUUGAUUACUACUCCCCUGCAGCUUCUGUCGUUGAAGCCAUCGCGAAGUCCCUCGCACAACAAACUUCUGUUGCUGUUGUCGACGGUGAUGGGACAUUCAUCGGGGAGAUAUCGCCCUUCACGCUAGCUUGCUGCGACGAGUCAGUUGCGGCCGCUGUCACAACUUUGUCUGCAGGGGACUUGAUGUCCUACAUUGACUAUGGCGGCCCGCCAGAGGGUCUGGUGAGCGUUGUGAAGGCGAGGUUGAAGGAGAAGAAUCUGGAGAAACUGCUACAGAAGUUUACAAUUUUGACUUCUCUGACCGGUGAUAUGUCGGCCUCGUCCUCGUCUGAUGAGGAGAGUCCGACAAGGAGUUUGAAUAGUCCGGGAAGGUACGCAAGGUCGUCGAGUUACUCGACGAGAUUUGUGAGGAAGGCAGAGGCUAUAGUGUGUCAUCCGAAAAGCUCUUUGAUUGCUGUGAUGAUUCAAGCAAUUGCUCAUAGAGUGAACUACUUGUGGGUUAUUGAUGAUGAUUGCAGCUUAAUUGGCAUUGUUACUUUUUCUAAUAUCUUGAAAGUGUUCAGAGAACAUACAGAAAUGAUUUAGAUAUUUAGAAGAAAAAAAAUGUGGCAAUGUUUUUGUUUUGCUUUGAAUGUGAUAGGGAAACAUGAACUCUGGCCUGAUCUUUGUUUUGCUUUAUUUGACUGUGUGAAUCAGUUUUUAAUAAGUUUCCCUUUGAUGCAAA